AUGAUUCCAUUUACCUUAAUACUCUUCACUCUGUUUUCCUCUGUUUUUUCAUCUUCCUUGCUCAGUGACUUUCAUGCUUUGGUAACACUUAAACAAGGUUUUCAAUUCUCAAACCAAGUUCUAUACACAUGGCAAGGUUCAAAUUUCACUUCGGUUUGUUCUUGGGCUGGAAUUCAAUGCCGCGAUAAUCGAAUCGUGUGGGUCGACUUAACCGAUUUGAAUCUGUUCGGCUCUGUUUCACCUUCAAUCACAUCACUUGAUAAACUCACACACCUUUCUCUAGCAGGAAACAACUUGACAGGAACCAUUGACCUCACAAACUUAACCAAUCUUGAGUUUCUAAACAUCUCCAACAACAUGUUGAGUGGCCAGAUGGAUCAUUGGAACUUGUCCACCAUGCAAAACCUACAAGUUCUUGAUGUCUAUAACAACAAUUUCACUUCCUUCCUACCAUUAGGCCUUGUUUGUUUGAAACAAAGCCUCAAACACUUGGAUCUUGGUGGUAACUUUUUCUUUGGCGAAAUCCCGAAAAGCUUUGGAGAAUUAGCUUCUCUUGAGUACCUUUCACUAGCUGGAAAUGAUAUCACAGGAAAAAUCCCUGGUGAGUUGGGAAAUCUAAGUAACUUGAUGGAAAUUUACUUGGGCUAUUUCAACUCCUUUGAAGGUGGAAUCCCAGUGGAAUUCGGAAAGUUAAGAAAUCUUGUUCAUAUGGAUCUUUCAAGCUGUGAUUUAGAUGGUUCAAUACCAAAAGAGUUAGGUGAAUUGAAAAAACUCAACACACUUUACUUGCAUAUAAACCAGCUUUCAGGUUCACUACCAAAACAUCUUGCUAACUUAACAAACCUUCUCUACCUCGAUCUUUCCAGCAAUGCACUCACCGGUGAAAUUCCAUUUGAGUUCAUCAAUCUCAACAAUCUCAAGCUCUUGAAUCUUUUCCUCAACAGGUUACAUGGUUCUAUACCCGAUUACAUUGCGGAUUUCCCUCAUUUAGAAACACUUGGUUUAUGGAUGAACAACUUCACGGGUGAAAUUCCAUAUAAACUCGGUCUCAAUGGGAACAUUCAAGUCCUUGAUUUGUCUUCUAAUAAACUCACCGGUGUUAUUCCACCUCACCUUUGUUCUUCAAACCAGCUUAAGAUUUUGAUUCUUCUUAACAAUUUUCUGUUUGGUCCUAUACCACAAGGUUUAGGAACAUGUUAUAGUCUCACUAGAGUGAGAUUAGGAGAGAAUUACCUUAAUGGCAGUAUUCCAGAUGGUUUUCUUUAUCUUCCUAAGCUGAAUUUAGCUGAGUUGAAGAACAAUUACUUGUCAGGAACAUUGUUAGAAAAUGGUAACGCUUCGUCUUCUCUUUGUUUACAACAGCUUGAUUUGUCAAACAAUGCUUUGUCUGGUCCUUUACCACAUUCCCUCUCCAAUUUCACUUCGCUUCAAAUCCUUUCGCUUACUGGAAACCAAUUCUCGGGUCCCAUUCCGAGUUCCAUUGGAGGACUUAACCAGGUUUUGAAACUUGACCUUAGCAGAAACUUGUUAUCAGGUGAAAUUCCGCCUGAAAUUGGAAACUGUCUUCAUCUUACCUAUCUUGACAUGAGCCAGAACAAUCUCUCUGGCUCCAUUCCGCCCUUGUUUUCUAACAUUCGUAUUUUGAAUUACUUGAACUUGUCUAGAAACCAUUUGAACCAAACCAUACCAAAGUCAAUAGGAACAAUGAAAAGCCUCACAGUUGCUGAUUUCUCCUUCAACGAAUUCUCUGGAAUCAACUCCACACCAGGAAAAAAAACCAAUGCGGAUUUCAAGCUCAUAUUCGCGCUAGGCCUAUUGAUGUGCUCGUUAGUCUUUGUUAUCGCAGCGAUUAUUAAGGCCAAGUCAUUCAAAAAGAAUGGUCCUGGUUCUUGGAAGAUGACUGCCUUUAAAAAGCUCGAGUUCACUGUUUCGGACAUCCUCGAAUGCGUGAAAGACGGUAACGUGAUCGGAAGAGGAGGUGCAGGGAUAGUUUACCAUGGAAAAAUGCCUAAUGGUGUGGAAAUAGCAGUAAAAAAGCUACUCGGGUUCGGUGCAAAUAGCCAUGAUCAUGGUUUUAGAGCUGAAAUUCAAACACUUGGAAACAUAAGACACAGAAACAUAGUGAGACUACUUGCAUUCUGUUCAAACAAAGAAACGAAUCUUCUUGUGUAUGAAUACAUGAGAAAUGGAAGCUUAGGUGAAGCGUUGCAUGGAAAAAAAGGCGCAUUCUUGAGUUGGAACUUUCGGUACAAGAUAUCUAUUGAUUCUGCUAAAGGACUAUGCUACCUUCACCAUGAUUGUUCUCCAUUGAUCCUACACAGAGAUGUGAAAUCUAACAACAUUUUGUUGAGUUCCAAUUUCGAAGCACAUGUUGCUGAUUUCGGGCUAGCGAAAUUCUUGGUGGAUGGCGCUGCAUCAGAAUGCAUGUCUUCGAUUGCAGGAUCAUAUGGUUACAUUGCACCAGAAUAUGCAUACACAUUAAGAGUGGAUGAAAAAAGUGAUGUCUAUAGUUUUGGAGUAGUUCUACUAGAGUUAUUAACCGGUAAAAAACCAGUUGGUGAUUUCGGAGAAGGUGUAGAUCUUGUACAAUGGUGCAAAAAAGCAACAAAUGGAAGAAGAGAACAAGUUGUCGACAUAAUCGAUUCAAGGCUCAUGGUAGUGCCAAAAGAACAAGCCAUGCACAUGUUCUUCAUUGCAAUGUUAUGCUUAGAAGAAGACAGUGUUCAAAGACCAACCAUGAGAGAAGUUGUUCAGAUGCUUUCUGAAUUUCCAACACAAUCGCAACAAGAUCAACAAUCUUCUUCUUCAUGUUCUUCUAGUAUUAAUCCACCAAGCAAAAAGUUAAUUCAGAAUCAUAAAUUACCUUGUUCUCCUACUUUUAAACAUGAUCUUUUGGUUUAA